AUGUCAUUGAUUGGUGUAUUCAGAUCAGCUGGUCCUAUUCGUCACAUCCACAUAGAGACGAACAAACCCCUUAGCAACUCUAGAUACGCAGUUAUAAUCUAUCACGAUCCACAUAAUGCCAAGAUCGCGACCGCUCUCUCCAGAAUGAUGGUAACAGGUUGCUAUAUCCCCGCAACACUUGUCCAGAGCUGCACUGAGAUAUUACCGUACAGUUCGAAAAUGAUAAACGACGUUCUUCUUGAACAUAGACAGCAGUUGUAUUUCCACAGUAAGAUACCUCAAGUCAGCAUCUUCGACAGCGCGCCAAGUAUGCCACUCACGAUGAGCAAAAUCGAUCUGUUAACAACACCAUACCCAUAUACCUCCUUCCCUCCGUCCGACUGCGUUGAUCCAGGCUCGAAGCUCGAAGAGGAUGAUAAUAACGCGAAGCAUUUGCUGGAGUUAAAUGAGAAAAUUGUCUUACGUGGAGGAGAACUCGAUGAUCGCAGAUUUAUUGCAGACUGUGAUGUCAGCGAUGAGGAGAAUAUUGAGGAGGAGACAGGGGAUGAGACAGAAGAGAGAAAAUUAGCAGCCAAGGAGAUGGACAGGGAGAGAGGAGCAGAAUAA